AUGGGCUUCUUGCCCACCAUCAAAUGCUCCAACUGUGGUCAUAAUGUCGAGAUCUCGGUCAUGGGUGAUCAUGUGUGCUCUCCCGUCGAGUCCAUUCCCAGUCACAGUCACUAUAGCUCUUUUUUCCAACUGCACGUACCCACGCCGGCGAGUAGCGUGGGUUCGCAUAUGCCAUCGCCACUCUCCGCCAGGUCGGCGCCUCGAUCUCCCAUGAGAGCGCCGUCAGAAGAUGAUUCCGUCUUCGCCUUCCCGAUGCCUGGAAAUCGACCACCGGCCCAUGUGGGAACCCCUCGCAUGAUGUCGGAUUCUACGACACGCUCCGCACCUACACCGUCUCCGCGACUCGGUGUCAACCUGAUGCCGGAGGAGAUACAGCUGCCUCCUAGUCCGCUUCCACCGUCACGAGAGCCCGAGAUGUCUCACCAGCGAGGAGAUUCAUUGGCGAGUCAUAGUAGCUACCGCACCUCCUUGGCAAGCACCCGCUACGGAAGUUCAACCGCUCGGUCGUCGACGAACAGCUUCUCGCGCGGUUUCCGUACAUUCAUGGAUGACACCCCACCAAUGCCACCGCCUCUGCGAACUCCGAAUAAAGCGUCCUUUUCUCGAGACUCGGAUCUGUCCGUCAGCUCUUCCUCUAGGACUGACCGAGAUGAAAUCUACAGCGGAUUUGAUUUCGGCAUCCAUGAUCACCGUACUUCGGGCCUGCAGGAUCUGCCCGAGGAACAUUCUCCGGAGGAAACCGCAUCUAACUUCGACAAGGCCUUCGCACCACUAACACAGACACACCUUCAUCCCGCCGAUGCCGAGCUUGGAAGUGAUGGCCCGAGAAGAAACUCCGACGCUACGAGUGAAAGCAAUCUAUCCGUCACUAGCUUUGCACAGGCCUUGGGCCUGGAGAGCCAUUCUCAGCAACCGGAGGGCUCCACUUGUUCAGAUUCAUCUCCACCUUCAGAUACUCGCAGUGGCAGCGGCAGUUCCAUGUCCAGUCUGCCCUCAGAUGUGAGCCUGAACCGCCAUAAACCGGCUGAUCCCCUUAACCUCAGUCCCCUUGUGGAGGAAUUGCCCCCACGGACUCGUCAGACCAUUCUCGAAAUGCCUGGUCGGAUACCGGGUACGAUGGACGGAAUACCUACAAUCCCCGCUGCGUUCUUCAGCCCGGACUCACCCACCGAUCCUGCGAUCGGCCAGGGCACCCUCUCACUGCUCGUUGAAAAGCGCCAGGAGCACCAAAAGCAUGAAGAGGCCCCUGUGAAGCGCAAGGAAGCCCCAAUGGAACAGCAACCUAGGGAAUUUCAUUCCCCUCGAGCUCUAGAACGGUCAGCCACCGAGCCAAUUCCUCCGCCAAGUCGAUCAGCGACACGAUCAAAAGGAAAAUGCAAGGGAUGUAAUGAAGAAAUCGUAGGGAAAUCGAUAUCAUCAUCCGAUGGUCGUCUCACAGGGAGAUACCACCGUGGCUGUUUUGUCUGCUUCGAAUGUCAUUCUCCUUUCCAAACAGCCGACUUCUACGUCCUUAACAAUCGUCCCUACUGUGCACAGCACUACCACGAGCGCAACGGGUCGUUGUGUUCCAUCUGUCACAAUGGAAUCGAGGGCCACUAUCUUGAGACUGUUGAACGGAACCCUACCCGACCGGAUCGUCGCCGAUUCCACCCUGAAUGCCUGCAAUGUCAGACCUGUCACGUUUUGCUAAAUGGUGAUUAUUUCGAAUGGAAUGGUGAAGUCUAUUGCGAACGUGACGCUCGUCGGGCUGCAGCGACCCUUCAUCCGCCUCCUCCUGGCCGUCGGCGUCCAACCCUCGGAUCUUCUCCCUUGGGAUCAUCUCCCUUGUCUCGCGGAUAUCCUCCCCCAUCUGGAUAUCCUCCUCCACGGUCCCCCGGACCAGGACCAGGUCCGGCUCAAGGACUUCGCCCUGGGCCACGGUUCUCCUCUGGCGGUGGUCGACGUUUCCCAGAGAGACGAACUACCAAGCUCAUGAUGAUAUGA